AUGGAGCCUAUUGGAGCCCUGGGUCUGCUGGUAAUCCCCGUACCCGCAAUCGUGCUCCCCACCGUCCAGGUUGCGUGGCUAAGAGAGCAGGUCAUCGAGCCCGCCGUAGCUUACGUGAAGCUUGGCGUGCUUGAUGUGCUUCACGCAAACCCCUUGGGGAACAUGAAAGCCUCGAAUACGAUCGACGUUCAUACUAUCCCCUCUGAUUUCUUUGAGAGCGCUGCCGCGCUCGGUAACCGUGUUAACGACUAUGUUCAGGAUCAGCUCGAGAAGAAUGCCGCUGACUUCGGGAUAUCUGAAGAGAUCCGCCGCCUCGGGGAAGAGAUGCACAGCGCUAUGUCUGUGGCGAGCGACCUCAAGAUCGCCCUGCUCACUACGGGCAACGAGCAGCUGCACGCGGAGCCUCAGGAUAUAUCUGACGAGAUGGGGAAGGCACUGAUGGUCGUACUCGAGGAACUACAAGCAAAGUUUCCCCAACCGGAGGAAGCGCCUGGACAUGAGACAAGGAAGGCGCGCGUCUCCGAGGCGCUCAGGCACGCUGAGGACGCAAUCGUGAAAGCUUUAGUCGGACGCGGCAUGUAUGAGACCACUGCGAGGGAACAUUUGGACAAUCUUCGCCCCCACGUAGAAUUUCUGGUCGUCGUUAGUGGUGAUCUUGCGGAGCAGCAUCCAGUAUUGCUCGAGGUCCUGCUGUUCGCUGGAAGCAUCCUCUUGAUCCCUGAAUCUUGGGUCCUUCGCCCUUUGAUGAGUCUGUUCGGCUUCGGGCCGUACGGUCCUAUUAAAGGCACGGUCGCGUCAUGGUCGCAGCGUUUCUUCUUUGGCGCUGCCGUCAGGGAGGGCAGCUGGUUUGCACAUCUCCAGGCCGCCGCGAUGCGCCCUGCAGCGGGGUGGUGGAAGAUAAUUGUUGGUGGGAUCGCUGCGUCGAUUGGCCUAAUCGGCACGUGCUUCGGCCGCAGAUAG